GAGAGCUCCAGAAGCGCAGGUUUCCGGUGGUGUAAGGACGCAGGCAUGGCGCGGAAGAAAGUGAGACCCCGGCUGAUCGCGGAGCUGGCCCGCCGCGUGCGCGCCUUGCGCGAGCAGCGGAACCAGCCGCGAGACUCACAACUCUACGCCCUAGACUACGAGACUCUGACCCGGCCACACUCGGGUCGCCGGCUGCCGGUGCGCGCCUGGGCCGACGUGCGCCGUGAGAGCCGCCUCUUUCAGCUGCUCGCCCGCCUCCCAGUGUUCGGCUUGGACCGUCUGGUCACCCGCAAGUCCUGGCUGUGGCAGCACGACGAGCCGUGCUACUGGCGCCUCACGCGUGUGAGACCCGACUACACAGCACAGAACUUGGACCACGGGAGGGCCUGGGGCAUCCUGACCUUCAAAGGGAAGACUGAGGACACGGCUCGGGAAAUUGAGCACGUCAUGUACCACGACUGGCGGUUGGUACCCAAGCACGAAGAGGAGGCCUUCACCGCGUUCACUGAAAAACCAGAGGACGGAUUGAACGCUGUCCCCUACCCACCUCUGCUGCGGGCCAUGAUCAUCGCUGAACGACAGAAAAACGGGGAUACCAGCGUCCAGGAGCCACUCCUGAACCUAGAGAGAACUCGGGUACAUCCUUGGGACUAUCCUGCAAAACAGGAGACCAAAGGGAAGGCCAAGGGCACCCCAGUCUAACUGCCAGGACGGCAGAGAGGCCAUGUGUAUCAUUUGAUGGAUAAGUGUCUUAGACUGUGUCAAACCUCCCCUUUGCAGGAGAGUUAGACCCUACAGCCCUGACACACCUGCAGGUGACAGGUUGUCAUUUUCAGGUGGCCUUUUGCUCAUACCUCCGUCUGGAAAUAAACGCACGAAGUGG